UGCCACAGCAGACCCGUUUAGACACAAGUCGUCUCGAGACUCUAGGCGGCCGCCAUGUUGGAGUUUGGAUGUUCCCUCGAAAAUCGAUUUUGAAGUGUCUUCUUUCGUUGCCGCGCGUCACAGACUGUGAAGUUUAGCAAGUUUUGACAAUUCAAGUCGCGCGUUGCCGUCGUCGCCGCAGCGCGCCCAACGGGGACACGCCGUUUGACGUCCGCCAGCGUAGCGUUGGCUGCAGGUCGCAGGAUAAAUUUUGCAAGCCCGCCGUUGCAGGCGCGGAGCAGCGAGCAUUUUGCUGGCGGUUCGCACCGUCGAUCCCGCUCGGUUGGUGGCGCGGAGGGUCGGUCGGUCGGUUGCGGGGUGCGGUAUCGUUGCAACCGAAGACGACACAUCGAGCAGCAGGCGGGAUAUUCACGGCGCUUGCACCGUUGAAGCGAACACCGACGGGUUAGUUGAACGUUCGCGUAAUCUGCCGCACGAAAUGGCGCCGACGAUCGGUAGCUGUUAGUAGUUGCACCUGAUAGUGCGUUUUAGCAGCUCUCGUUCCCGUGUUGCUGUUGGAAACGGUCAGCUAAGGGAACGGAACCCGAGAAGGAGAUAUAUCGGUGAAUCUGCCGCAGUUUCGUUGGUACACCAGGCACAGCAGCGCGUCUGUCGCCAUCGUUUCAGCGUGUUUCAUCGAUGCCGCUAGCAGCUACCAUACGCAUUCCAUCAUACGGUUACGGAUUGCAAACAUCUGCAAGAAGGCGAAGGCGACGAAGGGGAGCUGUUGGUGGAAUCGAACCCACCACAAUAACUGGCAACUAGCUGCUGCAUGCACUGAAGGAAGUGCAAAAGCAUCUCUCGGCCAACGGUGGUGCAAAGGUUCAUUAAACGCCAGCGUCAACAAUAAAUAACAUCAAAGCGUGUGUGUGUGUAGAGUGGAACACCGGAAGUUGAUCGCGAGCAGAAAGAGUGCAGCAUAAAGAACGGCUAAAAUCCAGUUACUUCCACGCUUAGACGCGUGAUAGAUCGGACAGUAGUGCGCGGGGAACGAACAACGAUAGCAAAGAGAAAGGAACGCAGCAGUGAGCGACCAAGAUGCAGAAGAAAAUAAUACAACAACCGGUACCGGUAGUGCGGAAGGUUUUCACGACCUCCACCGGCGCUCAUCACCAGACACAGCAAAUUCAGCACCACCACCAAUCCAACAUGCAGCUCAACGCGGUAAAAAAGAUCAACAGUCUGCUGCAGAGCGGUUCGGUUAGCGUGACCGGCAUUUCAUCGGGCCAGCAGCGUGUGCUGCAGCGCAAGCCCAUCACCACCUCCACCCCAUCGGGCGUAUUGAUCUCGAGCAGCAGUAAUAGCAACAGUUUCGCUGCAAGGCAGUCGCAGUCGAAGUGUUACAUUUGCGGCGAAAAUGCCGGUAUAAAUGCGACCAUUCUUUCGGAAGCGUCCACCACAACCACGCAAACCGAGUACGUGGUGAAGCUGGCGAAAGUGAUCGGCCCCGAGUAUUCGGUCGUACUGACCGUGGAGGAUGUCAUCUGUCGCCGUUGCAUUGUCUUGCUGAAUCAGGUGGAUAAGCUUGAGUCGGAGCUGGAGACACUGCGCGGCACAUUGCUUAGUUUUAUUCACAAAAAGAACAACAUCCCGGACGAUGGACUGGACACGUCGGGUCUGGUUGGAUCUCCGCCACCGAAGAUGCCGAAGCUGACACCGAUCAGUUCUGCUGGCAGUGGCGGUACGGUGGUUACGCCGGCCGGGAACGUAACGUACAGCAUAAAAACGAUAGCAGGACAGCAGCAGCAACAGUUGGUGGACGCCAACACGUCCGGAGCCAGUGCCGAUCUGAACACCAGCGCUACGUCCGACGUUGAGGCUCAGCUGACGAGCAUGUUCGAAAAGAAUACAUCUUCGCCAGGGACGUCGGUGAAGCAACACAUCGUGGUAACGACCAACAAUGGCGGUACGGCAACGAUGGCGGACAGCGCCGCGUCUGGUGGGAUGGGCGUAAACCGGAAGGGCACAAAGCUGUACAAGUGCAUUCCGUGUGGCUUCAAAACGGCCGAUCUAGCCCAAUUCCAACCGCAUUACGCGACCUGCCAGCCACGAAACAAUGCUGCAGCGGCACAAAACGCCGGUAGCGUAAACGCCGCCCCCGGUGCCACUACCACCACGACCACCACCACCACCACUACUGGGUACCGGUGCAAGUUCUGUAAGUUGCUGUUUGCCAACAUCGCCUUGCUGAAGCAGCACAACCUGCAGGAACAUCACGUGCAGACGCAUCCGCAGCAGCAGAAAGCGAUCGUCACCACCACGACCUCGGCCGCAGGCCAGCAGGAGCACCAGCAACAGGGAACGACCGCUACAACCACCACCCUGUACUCCUGUACGGUGUGUAACGCCUUCAAGACGGCUGACAAACAGUCGUACGACGACCAUCUGCGGAAGCAUAUCAAGCUAAAGCCGUUCAAGUGCCGAGUCUGCCUGAUGCGCUUCGAGUCCCGCGAACAGGCAUCGAUCCACGCCAAACAGCACCAGCCGGACUAUUUCAAGUGUGGCAUUUGCAAUGUAACGUUCAGCAAGCGCGAGCAGCUGAUGAGCCAUCUAGAGGUGCAUGAAUCGGCAAAGAAGAACGCGAAACAAUCGGUUCAACAGCAGCAGGAACAGCAGCAGCAGCAGCAGCAGCAACAGCAACAGCAACAGCAGCAACAGCAGCAAAAACAGCAGACGUCGGCUGCAGCGGACUCCUCCACCCAAAAGCUGUUACAGGAGUCGAUCGAUGAGGCAUUAAGGGAAACGAUCGCUGAUUCGAUUGGCGAUUCAAAGGUAAUCCAGUUCCACACCUGCAACUCAUGUUCGCUCACCUUCCUGAGCGAAAAGCUGUACACGCAGCACAUUAAAACGCACGCACACGGUACGGCCACAGCACCGACCGUCGUAACGACGGGCCUGGCGUUACAGCAACACCAGCAGUCGCACCAGGGCCAGUCACAGCAGCUCAUGCUGUCGAAUAGCACGACCAGGAAAUCGAUGACCGGACUGAACGCCAGUGGAGCAGUAACUAGCGCGAACGAUGGUGGUGGUGGUGGUGGUGGUAGUGCAAAGAUUCUUACCACGACGACCAGCACUGGAGGUGGAGGUAACGCCAGCUCCAACACCAUCUCGGACGGCGAUCUCGAGAGCAUCUUCGAACGCAUGCAUUCCGAUUCGAAGGGAACUGAUUCGAACACGGGCGGUGCGGGUGGGGAUAACGGUGGAACGGGCAGCAGUAGCAGCAGCAGCAUGGUCAUAACAAAUCAGGACGGCACGACGGGCAACAUAACGUUCAACAUAACGCUACCCCAGCAAGAGGAUGGAACGUUCGUGCAGCAGCAGCAACAGGAUCACCAACAGUCGGUCGGUAUCGAUAUGCCUACGCUCGACCAAGGCGACGAUCAGCAGCAACCGCAGCAGCAGAAAGAGCAGCAGCAGCAACUGCAAACCAUCCCCGUGAGCAUGCCGAGCCUGGACGAUGACGGUGAACAGUCGCAGAACAGUCAAAACUCCAACACGGAAAACGUGCCGAUGGAGCUGGAAGACAUGCAGGCCGGCGAAGGCCAGCAGAUCAAUCUGAUCCUGAACGAUGGGCAGGUGUUGCAGCUCGACAAUCACAUCCUGACCACGGACGCGGAAGGCAACCAAAUACUGGUGCAGGGCACCGACACGGAACAGAUCCAGCAGCUGCUGCAGAGCGUCGGCGUGGUGAUGCAGGGCGGCGAGGGACUCGGCGAAGGCGAAACGCUGCAAAUGAUUAGCGGCGACGGUAGCGGCAAUCAGAUGAUUCUGGUGCAGGGCGCGGACGGUCAGGAGCAGCUGAUCGACGCGUCGCUACUGAACGCGGACGGCAACAUCGUCAUCCAGCAGUCGCAGGAAGGCGAGCUGAACGCGGAAGGCACACACAUUACGACCGAGGACGGGCUGCAAAUACCCGUGUCGGUUGCGUUCACCACGUCCGGCGAGGCUGGGCACGACGACGGUCAGCUGACGGUAUCGGUGGCGGACGGUAGCGAGCAGCAGUUGCAACUGCAUCUGCAGCAGCAGGCGGCCCAAGCGGAAGGCGAUGAGCAUCAGCAGCAUCACGAUGAAUCGGACGAGCAACACCAUCACCAUCAGCAGCAGCAGCAGCAGCAGCACCAGCAGCAAGGAGCUAUACUGACCGAAAGUGGCCAGAUUAUCAUACAAUCGUCGAAGGAACACGACGAAGAGGGCGCGAAAGUUGGGGAGGAAAAUGGAUCGGCCAACGAUUCUAUGGCCAGCGAUGGCGGCGCAGCGGACGAUCACACAAACGGCGGUGGGGCCGACACGACACUGUCGUCCGGUGGCUCGAAUGGAACGAUUACAACCACCACGACGGCAGCUACCGCCGGUACGAAUACGAACGCCGUCUCAUCGUCCGGCGGUGGUGCCGGCGAUGAGCAGCUGUUCAAUUUUGACGAGCUGAUCCAGCCGCAAAUCGUUGUUAAGCAGCAAGUUAAAUAAUAGGAGGGUUCUCCCUAAUUACGUGUGUGAGUAUGGGUUCUGCAAACAGCAGCGCGCGCACCACCCAAUCCAAUCCAAUCCUCGCCUCUUUUGCGAGGCACGGGAAACCGACUCCACACAGGCGAGCCACAUUUUUGGCGACUUUAGGAUCAUCUAAGCAGAGAUAGCAGCAGCAGAUCGAGGCAAGAAGGAGCACCUAAUUGGGAAAGAGAGAGAGAAAGAGUGUGUGUGUGUGUGUGGCAGGCGGUGUAUAUGCUUUAAUGUAGGGACUUAUGUUUUGUUUUCGAUUUUAAGCGAUCCUUAGGAUUAAUCAUUCAUUGGUUUAGUUUAGCGAGGAGUCAUUUAGCCUGUGUCCUAGAACGUCUCGCCGAUUGUAAAUACUUGCGCACUGUCCCACGUCCCUCCCUUUUCUUACUUACAUACUACAAAUUUGAAAACUAUCUGAGCCGCCUAAAACCGAAUGAUAAGGUUUUGCCUACAAAACACGAGACAGGCGCAGAGUGUAGGGUUAUUAGGGUGAUGCCCCCGACUUCGACGAUAGACGACACCGACCGGUAAUCAUGAAGGUAGGAUAAAGAACUACAGGAUUCUAUCUACCGGCCAUAGUGGUACACACAAACAAAUCUACCACACACACACAUACAUACAAACAAUACAAACUGGAACCAUCCUUCGCCUGGAACGAACAUUUGUUUGCCCAAGAACGCUCUGGUAAGAGAGAAGAAGGAUCACGAUUCUUCAUGGACAUUAGUUUUAUUACAAUAUGGAUGAAAAAAAAAAACGGCUACGCUUUUACAUAUCUCCCAAUUUCCUGUUCGUUUUUCUCUUCCCGUUUUCCCCUCACCCCAUCCUCACCGCUAGGACACUAACAUGGCUACUAUUAUUACACGAGUUUAAUUGUAAUAAACACAACAACAAAACAACCAAUUUCCCCCUUUUCUCUCCCUUUUUUAGACUUUUAAUUACAUACGAUACGUGCGAGAGUGUGUGUGCCUGUGUGUGUGUUGAAUGCGUGUAAAUGAAUGAAAUCGAAUUAUAUGAGUUAUUAAUAUUAAGUUGGUUAAAGAUUGUAGUAUCGAAAUCGUGUAAGGAAUCGGAGAUAGGAACACAGGAUCUGUAGCGUAAGACAUGUAGGCUCAACGCAACACAAACAAAUAGAAAAAAAGAAACCCCGGACUGUGGACAGGAGCAGCAGCAGGCAGAAAGGGUUGGCUGGCGGCCACACAAACGCUUGAGCAAAUAGGAGAGUUGUACGACUAUUUUUUUUCCCCCAUUUUAUUGUGAGUUAAAGGGCACACUUUUUUCACACACACACUAGAAAAACACCCAGGCAAAAGAUAGGCACAGGUUAAAGAAUGGUCACUUUUAUUUUCAUCGUCCCUUCCGGUAAAUCGUGUCAAUCGUGAAGUAAGGGCACGGCGAGUAUAGAUGAACACAUUUUAAUUACCCUGCAGGCUUUGCGAAAUAGUUUUAACAUCCAUUCUAAGCACUUAGCAAUCGUGUCUCCCUCCCCGAAUAAUAAAAGAAACAACAUAUGCACACACA